ACAGUUUCUGAUCCUCAGCUCCCCACUCUCUUUACAGUGUUUCUGACACCUCCCUUUGCUGAGCUCUGGAGGCUCCCAGUGACCUCCUGAUAAUCAGCCUUGACAAAACCCAAGUCCCCACCCCUUGGAAAACUCACAGAGCCUGACAUCUGCCUGUGAGCAACUUUUAGGAGAGACCUCACAAAAGCCCAUGCAAUCACUUUUGGCAGCAAACUGUCAUACCAAGUCCAUUUCCUCAAAAGAUGGUGGAGGACUUAACAGCCUCCUAUAAUGCUCUGAAAUUGGAGAAUGAAAUUCUGCAGGCCCAUGUGCAAUGGCUUAUGGAAGAAAAUGCUGCCCUCCAGUCACAAAUCCCAGAGCUCCAGAAGCCCUGAGCAGCCAAAAAGGAUGAACUACUCCAGAAGCCCUCAGAGGUCCAGAAUCCCCAGCAACCUUCAGAACCCCUGGGUCCCCCAGCAGCCUAGAAACCCCAAGAGCCCCUAAAGGUCAAAAAGUCCCUGAAGCCCACAGAGUCCCAGGACUUUCCAGCAGCCUGGCAGCACCCAGCAGCCCAGAAGCCCCAGAAGACUCCAAUGGCCCAGGAGACUCAGAAACCCCUGGAUGCCCCAGCAGUCCAGGAUCCCCAGGAGCUUCCAAUGGCCCAUGAGCUCCCAGCACCCCUAGCAACCAAGGAGGCUCAAGAACCCCCAGAAACCUAAGAUGCACCAGCAGUCCGUGAGCCCCAGAAUUCAGAAUCUCAGGAUCCCCCAAAUGCCCAGGAGUCCCAGGAGGCACUGGCAUACCAGGAGACCUUGGCACACCUGGAGCCCCUUGAGCUACCAGGUCCCCAGAAGCCCCUGGAUCCCUCAGUUGCUCAAAAGUCCCUAGAGAUCUCUGCACUCCAGGAUCCCCUGGACAGCCUAAUAGCUGUGAAGAUAUCAGUAGCUCCAGAGUUCCCACAGGGUCCCAGUGGGCUAAAGACUGCAGCUUUUUCCCUAGAAUACCCUUUUGUCUUCAGUGUACAUGUCCAGAAGCUUUCUGAGUUCCUGGUUCAACUGACCAAUUACAUGAGAGUCAGAGGACACCUGUAUCCCACCAAAGCAGCCUUGGUGAGUUUCGUCGGCAAGCACUUCCCGGGUGAGGCAGGAAGUUGGUUCCAGCCCUUAAUAUAUAUCCAAAGCCCCUUGCUGGAGCAAUUUGAAAGUUUCAUACCAGUGCUCCAGGAUACUUUCAACAAUCCAGAAAACAUACAAGAUGCCAGCCACUGCAUCCCUCAGCUCUGCCAAGGGGAGCACCCUGUUCACCAGUACACAACCCACUUCCAUCUCAUUGCUCAAGAACUAAACAGGGAUGAAAGUACUCUCUGUAUUCAAUUUCAGGAAGGGCUUUCCAGUUCUAUCCUAUAUGAACUGUCUCACACAAGCCCAGCCACCAACUUAUUUGAUCUGAUCACCCAAUGCAUCAGCCUGGAAGACAACCUAAGUGGUAAGCCUGAUCCCAGUCCAUCUGGAGCAAGCCCUUCUGGAGAUAGUCCUGAGAGCCCACCAGUUGAAAACCAGCCUGUGCAGAGUACAAGCCACCACCCACCGCUCAGUGAAGCUGAACAGGCCUGCCGCUUUGAAGGCCACUAGUGCCUCUACUGUGGUUAUCCUGGUCAUUUUCCCAGAGAUUGCCCUAUUAAACCUCAUCGCAUCCAACAAGUGGGAAACAUUGAGGCCCGGUGGCUCUACAGAAACAGCAUCGACCAUUCUGUGGCUCUUCGAGAGAAGCUGCACAUCCCUAAUAACGUAGUCCCUCUGAUGCUCGAAACCUUUGAUGGCCGUCCACUGAUCGAUGGACCCAUAACAAAAGAAACACCACCUGUUAAAGUUAGAAUUGGAAACCAUAUUGAAGAGCUCCAGUUUCACAUAAUUCAUGCUCCAAGGUACCCUCUGAUUCUUGGAAUCCACUGGCUAAAGACACAUGACCCAAACAUAGAGUGGAUUACUAGCACUGUGUCCUUUCCAUCCCGUUAUUACUGCUACAAUUGCUUCAGACACAGAUGGAAUAGAAGACGUCGUGAUGAAAUAAUUGCUGGGUAG